CAAAACACCAUUCACAGCUUUCUCAUUCUUCAUUUAUUUGACUCUCGCCAAAACUAGCAUUCAAAAUAUACGGCAUUUAUGAAAUCAUAUCACAUGCUACGCGAAACCUUUUAUUCAUGUAAACAAACGCUCGGAGAAUUAUUGGCUAUGAACCCACUCAAACAAACAGUGUUGCCAGAUAUCAAUGACACAUAUGAAUGAAAGAACCUAUCAACUUAUUUGACAGAUUGAAUAUACGAUUUAUUGGUUUUGUGCUACAAAACAACGACUUAUAUCCAAAAUAAACAAUUAUAUUUUUAAUUUAUAGAAGAAGAUUGACCAAAAAUAAGUCAAAAUGGGAAAACGACAACAUCAAAAGGAUAAAAUGUACCUAACGUACACUGAAUGGUCUCAGUUUUAUGGUGGCAAAAAAUUGGAAUCAAACGAAGACGAACAUAUUAAAUUUAAGCGAUUACCAUUCGAUUGCUGUUCGAUAACAAUGAUUCCAUUCGAAACACCAUACAGUGAUUUGGAUGGGAACAUCUUUGAAUUGAACGCAAUAAUCGACUUUUUGAAAACGUUUAAAGUUAAUCCAAUUACUGGAAAGCCUUGCGAUUCCAAAUCAUUGAUUAAAUUGAAUUUUCAUCGCAAUGCUGAUGGUGACUAUCACUGUCCAUCAUUGUUUAAACCGUUCACCAAAAAUUCGUACAUCGUUGCCAUUGCAUCAACUGGCAAUGUUUUCUCAUAUGAAGCGGUUGAACAAUUAAAUAUCAAAACAAAGAAUUGGAAAGAUUUAGUGGACGAUACGCCGUUUGUGCGAAAGGAUAUAAUUACAAUUCAAGACCCAAACAAAUUAGAAAAGUUUAAUAUAUCGACGUUUUAUCAUAUUCGGAAAGGCUUACGUGUUGAAACUGAGGAAGAAAAAUUGGAAAAGAAAGACCCACACGGUCGCCUAAAAACCGUAUCGGCUGAAACAAAAGACAUCUUGAACGAGUUAGAGGCGGGUUUCAAAAGCAACGAGAAAAAAGAUGAAACAGAGGCUUCAAGCAGCCGUAAAGUUAUUGCCGACAAAUUUAAUUCCGCACAUUAUUCAACCGGUGCGGUUGCGGCAAGUUUUACGUCAACAGCAAUGGCACCAGUUUAUAAUCACGAAGCGGCCAUAUUGGACGAUUGCAUUGUUCGAUACGAACGAGUCAAGAAGAAGGGAUAUGUUAGACUGAAUACAAAUCUUGGACCUCUCAAUAUCGAACUGUAUUGUGAUAUGGUGCCAAAAACGUGUGAAAAUUUUAUGCGACACUGUUCAAAUGGUUAUUAUGAUGGUACGGUAUUUCAUCGGUCGAUUAAAAAUUUUAUGAUUCAAGGCGGUGAUCCAACAAAAAGUGGCCGUGGUGGAAAGUCCAUCUGGGGAGAUAAAUUUGAAGAUGAAAUUUUACCACAAUUGUCACACACCGGUCGAGGUAUAUUAUCAAUGGCAAAUUCCGGACCAAAUACAAACGGUUCACAAUUUUUCAUUACGUAUCGAUCGUGCCGUCAUUUGGAUGGAAAACAUACGAUUUUUGGAAAAUUGGUUGGUGGAAUGGACACGCUAAAUGAAAUGGAAAAGGUCGAAGUGGACAACAAAGAUCGACCUAUCGAAGAUAUUGUCAUUGAGAAGAUACACAUAUUUGUGGAUCCAUACCAAGAAGCUGACGAGAUGCUGGCAAAAGAACGUGCUGACGAAGUGGAAAAGCAACAAAAAGCAGCUGCCGAAGAAAAAAAGCGAAAAGAAAAAGCACAACCAUUGAAAGUAUUUCGUUCGGGCGUUGGUAAAUAUUUAAACACCGCAUCAAUAUCAACAUCAAGUCAACCAACGACGACAAGCACUGAUGCUCCAUUGCCAAAGAAAAAGAAAACUCAAACUUUUGGUUUUGGUAAUUUCGGUUCAUGGUGAAUAAAUCGGUUCUGUUUGAAUAAAUACAAAUCUUUUAGGAAUAUCAA